GGGGGGGGGGGAGGAACAUGGAUGAGAAGCUGCAGGCGCAUCAGGUUGACAUCGACCCGGAUUUUGAACCUCAGAGUCGGCCUCGCUCUUGCACCUGGCCGCUGCCUCACCCCGACUUCCCGGGCGAAGAAGACGAUGGAACCGGCGGUGCUGGUGGUGGUGGUGGUGGAGGAGGAGGAGGAGGAGGCGGCGGCGCCCCGAAGCACCCCUUGGCCGGCGGCCCCGAAGGCGCCGAGAACGCCGGCGUGGCGACGGAGCGUGGCAAAGCGACCCCCGCGCUGCCUUCUUUGAGCGCGGACGUUGGACAGCUCCGCAAAGCCAAGACUUCGCGGCGGAACGCUUGGGGCAACCUGUCUUACGCCGAUCUCAUCACCAAGGCGAUCGAGAGUUCCCCGGAGAAACGGCUCACCCUCUCCCAGAUCUACGACUGGAUGGUCCGAUACGUGCCCUACUUUAAGGAUAAAGGCGACAGCAACAGCUCCGCUGGCUGGAAGAAUUCCAUCCGGCACAACCUGUCCUUGCACACCCGCUUCAUCCGUGUGCAAAAUGAAGGCACCGGCAAAAGUUCCUGGUGGAUGCUGAACCCUGAAGGUGGCAAAACCGGGAAGACGCCCCGCCGACGAGCCGUCUCCAUGGACAACAACAGCAAGUUCCUGCGGAUCAAGGGCAAAGCCAGUCGGAAAAAACAGAACCAGACCACUCAGGAACGAGGAGACGAGAGCCCAGCUAGCCAGCAGGCCAAAUGGUCAGAGAGCCCCACCUCCCAUGCCAGCGAGGAAUACGACGCUUGGGCUGACUUCCGGACACGGGCCAACUCCUCGGCCAGCACGCUGAGUGGUCGCCUCUCCCCCAUCAUGGCCAACCAUGAGCCAGAUGAGCUGGAGGAGGAUGACGGGACCCCAUCCUCCCCGCUGAUGUACCCCAGCCCUUCGAGCACCCUGUCCCCCUCCCUGAACGCCCGCUGUUCCGUAGAGAUGCCCAGGCUGACUGAUCUCACCGGCACCAUCAACCUGAACGAGAGCCUGGGAGAGAGCCUUCUAGAUGACUUGCAGGACAACUACAGCAUGAGCCCAGCCCAGCCGCUUUCUGCUGGAGGACUUCGGCCCAGGACCUCCAACUUUGGCUUCAGCUCCAAGUGCUCCUCCGUGGGUGCAGGAGGUGGGGGAGGGGGAGGAGGAGGAGGAGGAGGUGGUAAUACCUACUCUGGGACUAUUUAUAGCCAGCCCGCCAUGAGCAUCAUGCGCCGUCUGCCCAUGCAGACCAUCCAAGAGAACAAGCAGGCCACUUUCGUCCCCAUGAAUUCCUAUCGCAACGCCUCGUUGCAGGACCUGCUCUCCUCCAUUUCCUAUGCACACAAGGAGGGGGAGCCGCACCUGCCCCCGGCCAGCAGCAUGGGCCUGCCUCGCGGCCACAGACAAAAUGCCCUGGUGUGUAGUGGUGGGGGUGGAGGCGGAGAGAUAGGCUUGGUCCCCUACCCUCCCCACUCGUCCUCUCUCAUGAAGAGCAACACAUUAUACCAUCACCCAUCACCAGCUGGCCAUCACCCUCCUCUUAACAACAGUGCCUUACCCUCUCCGAUCAGCCUUAUGAGCCUGCCCGGUGACACUUGCAGCAUGGUGAACAUGCCUCACCACGGGCAUCUCCAUUCCUACGUCAGCAACCAGGGGGCGCACAUGAGCUUGCUAGAUUCCUUGCAGGGACCUUACCCAGAAGCCAUGCACACCCCUGUUUUGAGUCAGGACAGAUUCCCAGCCGAUCUAGACUUGGACAUGUUCAACGGGAGCUUGGAAUGCGAUGUGGAGUCCAUCAUCCUCAAUGACUUCAUGGACAGCGACGAGAUGGACUUCAACUUUGACUCGGCUCUUCCACCACAAAACGGUCUCAACGUGGCCCCUUUGCCUAGCGCCCCACAGCCCAACAAUCAAAGCUGGGUACCUGGAUGAGGCCCGUUCAGGCUGCUCAGGCCCAGCAGUGAGAGGGGCGAAGAGGGUCUUGGGGAAAUAGAACUCUUUCCUCCAUCAUUCAGCCCUGCUCUUCUACUUCUUCUUCUUCUUCUGUUCUUUGCCUUCAUUUCUUCAGCCAGGCUAGAGCCAUCUGUUGAAACUUGACAAUGACACGACACGACACACGCAUGCACACACGCACACAAACACACACACACACACACACAAACACACACAAUGUAGGGUAAAAUGUUUUGACAGGUACCGGCGGCUUCCCGCCUUGUGCCAGGUGUAUUGUGCAGUAAGUCGGAUCUGUCUUUGAUGUGUGCAAUAGGCACAACUUAGCCAUGGCAUUGCAAAGUCGCUUCCCCUUCCCCUUCCCCCCCGCCAUCCUCCCUCUCUCCCUCCCUGGGCAUUUGCACUAUUGCACCAAAAGAGGGAACAGGUGAUAUGUAACCUGAAAAACAAUCUAGAGCUAUUGCCAAGCAUUCAUGCCAGAAAAAGGGCCACGCAAACAAAGGAAGCCCCAUCCGUGGGAUGCAGGGAGCGCAUGAAACCAUGCCCCCUCCGGUCCGUGGAAAAACCUCUCCACGGAACCGGUUCCUGGUGCCCAAAAGGCCGCUGACUUAGAUGGCUUCCAUGAAAAGGUUUUAGAACAAGUUUUCCGCUGGCUUUUCACUUUCCUAACUAUCUAAAUUCUAUCUGGUUUCUUCUUCUCGCUCACUCCUUGCCUGUAUAAUAGGGCCCCCGUUUUAUGCAGCUGCCAACAGCAACGGGGAAGAACUAACUUCUCAUGUGAAACCUAGGUUUGCCAUGCAAUAGCUGCAUUAUAUCUCCAUCCUUUUAGCCGAAUUGCUGAGGAUUUGCUCAACAGGUAGGAAAAGUAGAUCUGAGGUAUUUGUGCCAUGGCUGGUGUAGAAAGAAAAAAACAACAACUAUGUGUUUGAUUGUUAUAAAUCUAGCCACUGACUCUGCAUUGCCCAGUAGACAAUGGGGUGUAACAGGAACUGAACUCGUCAACGUUGCUCAUUUUCGUGUUCAUUUUCAUGCCAUCUGGGUUUGCAACAGAAACAGCUCACAGGAUGACAUGUGCAUGCACACAGCCAUGUGGGAGAAUGGGCCCUGAUACCAUUUGCUCCAGCAUCCAAAUAUGUGCCGUUUGCACUUACAAAUGGCAUUUGGCAUUGUGGCAGAGAUGGCUGCUGCUGGGAUGGGCAGGUUAAAUAGGAAGGUGGAAUGGGAAAAAAACUGAUGGCAACUUAUUUUCAGCAUUUGCACCUCCAGUAAUGAAACUCGUAAGGCUGAAUCUAACAAGUAGCUAAUAUAACACUCCCUAAUAAUAAAUUUUGGUUCUAGAGAGUGAUUAGUCCUGGCAAUCUGGAACAAGGAGGAAAUGGCUAAUUUCUUUUCUUCCAUCCAGAGAAAACUGAAGGUCCAGAGUUGAAUGGGCUGAAAGAAAGUACAAUAUCUGAAAAAGGAUUGGCUUUAUUAGAAUAGGGGCACGAAGAACCCAAACCACAAGGGGAUGAGAGAAAACUAGAGUUCUCUCUGGACGUGGCAUGAUAGAUGAUGGAUAGAUGCCAGGGGUCAAUGUGAGAAAAGGCUAAAUAUCUGGGACCUGCCUAAGAUCUCAUUGGUAUUAUUAGCCUUCUCUCAUCUUCUGUCUGUCUCAUUCCUGAGUGUUCUUUGCUACACUGAGACCCAACAUGGACAUUUGAUUUCUUGAACUGUUCAUCUUGCAAUAAUAAGCAAAAAGCUUUGUCAUUUGAAGUGUGAAGUCUCUAGAACAGUGUUUCUCAACCUUGGAAGCUUGAAGAUGGGUGGACUUCAACUCCCAGAAUCUGGGAGUUGAAGUCCACCCAUCUUCAAGCUUCUAAGGUUGAGAAACACUGCUCUAGAAUAAGGGUAACGAGCUCAUUGUGUCCCUUUCUCAUGUACAUUCAUGCUCACAAGUCCACGCAUAUCUGAAAUGAGAACACGGUUGGAAUUAUCAUUACUGCCGGCUGCCUAACCCCAUUUUAAUCCCCAGAUCCAGGCAGGUCUUCAAAACAACCCAAUAUACAGGUUUAUUUAUUUUUUUUUAUAAAAAGUUUAGCACUUUAGUGCAAGCUGGGAGCCUUCAAAACAAUCGCUGGAAAUGUUUCUAACUAGAAGGAUGGGUUGCCCCUGUCUUCAUGGAGGAAAACUCAUGCAAAAAUCAGUAGAGCCCAUCUGGGGCUAAUUCUUGCCCUUCCCCAGAUAAAAGGAUCAAUCGAAUUGUGGCAUCUUCCAAGUACUUUUCAGGACUGUUUAAAUUCCCAGGCCUUUCAGUCUCUAAGAUGAUAAUAUCUCUGGACCUUUGGAACCAGAGCAAUCUUCUUAGGUUCUGACCACUCUACCAUUGAAACAAAUGAUCAACCUUGAUAUAGAGUUUGCUCUUGCAAAUUAGCAGUUAGAUGCCUACAAAAAGCAUGAUGUGGUAUAUUUGUGGAUUUUUUUUAAAGGCCAAUUAUUUAUAGCCUGAUUCAAAGGCAUUCAUGAGAAAUCUUUUUUAUUAAAAAAAAUUAUCUCCUACACCAGUUGGAAUUUGGGAGAGUGGACAAGCCUCAUCAUGAGCCUCAAGGAAGAGAGAUCCCAUCUUCUACAUUUUCCCAUCACCCCCCUGGACUUUUAGUUCAACAAGGCAAAUUCAUCCUCAGUCAGCCUUCUUCUUCCUAUCAGGUGCCUCCAAGGUCUAGAUGUGUCCAGCCAACAUGGCUGUUGGUUAAAAUUCUGAGAACUGAUAGCUUACGUGCCCAUUCAGUAUGGAACAGGAUGGUAUUUAGGGAAAAAUCAAGAGACGAGAGUGAUGCAAGAUAUUGUAGGUGCACAGAACGAGUGGUUGGAAAGAGUCCAGUUUCCAGAAUCAUGUACAAGGCAUGGUCACCAUUUAUGAACAGUGAAGAGAAAGACAGUGAGAUGAUCUCCUGACUUCCCUCCUUCAUUUUUGCAUUGCUGUUUCAGGUAUUUCUACCAGUCACACUGUGAUUCUUACCUGAACCUGGCGUCCAGAGGCCAUCUGCAAUAGGGAGGUGUAGAUUUCUCGUAAUCAGUUGAGUUUAUCAUGGGUAGAGUUCACACAACACGCUAAGGCAAAAUAUGAUUUUACUUGCUUGUGGUUUAGUGUGCUGUAUGAAUUGAGCCAGUGUGAUUUGUAAACCAGGGUUUAUGAUUUAGUGUGUUGUAUGAAGUCAGUCAAUUGUAGUCUAUUCAGUAAACCAUAUUAAGAAAAUGUUGACUUACAUAUUGGAUAACUCACUUUGGCCCAGGAAAUUAGCAGGCUAAGACUUCGAACAGCCCAUAUUACUCUUUGCUCUGGGUCAGGCUUUAAUCCUUCCCCUCAGAGGGCUUUUCCAGAUUAUUACACCGAAUUUACUAUAUUUUGAUUCCACAGGAGUCUCUUUCUAUCUCUCUUUCUGCUUGCUUUCAGCUGUUUUUUGUAAUUACCACUGUUACUACUGCAUUCUACUACUACUGUUACAAUUGUGAUCCAGCUCACAAGUUUAUUUUUGUAUGGUCAGCCUCAUUUUCCCCAAAUGUAUGUAAUGAAAUAUGAAACUGUAAACUCGGCGGCCAUUUCUAGAACUUUCUGAAUCUGAGGCGAGGGAGAGCGAGUGCAGAAUCUGAGUAUCACCGUGUAUACUGGAAAAUGUGCAGCUGCUUUUAAAUUAAAUCCAGUGAGAUUUGUGACUAAAGCAGACUAUUACAGGAUGACAUAAAAACAUCCUGCAAGGUGAACACAGAUGGAAAGAAAAGAAGAAUAAGAAACUGGAACUCCUGUUCUAGUGACGUUUCCUCCCUCAGUCUUUUGUACAGGCAGACAGCACAUAAUUCAUUUGGGAUGUUGGGGUACCACCCACAUCGGAUUUCCGCCUCCAGAAAGGCUCCCUUUGCUCAGUCAUCCAGGUGACAUGUCAGUGGGAGUCCUUCAGGUGUGCAAUAGCAGCAAUAUUUGCCCGGUGUGACAUUUUAUCACUUUUUCUGGAUGUCCAAUGCAGUGCUGAGGGAGCAGGAGAAUUUGUGGGAUGGCUGUGUAUUUAAAAAUGACAAUAUGGUGGACUUGUCCAUCAUCUGACUUUGGCAAAGAGAAGCUCUUGAAAGGCUGGGCAGGGUGCAAUUUUUUUUCUCCUGAUCAGGGUUCCUUCAAUCAAACAGAAAACAAUUUAUCUUAGAAAAUAGUUCAGGGGAGAAGAGAAUUUAGGUGCAAUUCUCAAAGCUAGCAUUCUUGCACUUGUGUAGUUAAAAGAUAGCCAAGAAGUGUGUGUGUGUGUGUGUAUGUGUGAAGAACAUGUAUUUUGUUGACCAAUCUUUUUUCCAGCUCUCUCUCUCUGUCUCUCUGGCUCCCUGCCGUACCUCCAUUAAAUUUAACGGAAAACAUUAGAUAGAAACCCUUCCCAUAAAGUAUUUUCAGUAAUGAUAAUACUGUCAUCACAAAUUUUUUCCUUUCCCUGGUCCUCCUAAUUGCUCUGCCCAGAAGUUUGAUGGAAAUUUAUGAAAGAUCAUUUUGCCUGGCACUGUUUCAGGGAGGUGAGGAUCAGUUGUUGCCUUUAGAAAUUGAUGUGAUGAUUAAUUUUCUUCCGGAUCCCUUUGUGGUCAAUCAUCCUCUAGGGCCAAAUUGAGUGUCAACAGUCAAGCUGGCUAACAGAUGCAGCCUUGAUCAUCUCAAUUAUUAUUAACUUGACUUGGUUUUUACAUAUCGCCUAAGGUGUGUGUAUGUGGGGGGGAGACACGAUUGCCUCUUGCCCUAAGUCAUUAACCUAAUGACUUUGACCUCAUCUUUUCCAAACUAGUGCCCUCCAGAAGUGCUGGAUGUUCACUUCUGUAAUUUAAACCACUUCUUCUAACCUGAUACCUUCCAGAUUGUUUGGAUUUAUAGGCUCCAGAAUUCCUCAGCCAGCAUGGCCCUGAGGGAUGAUGAAGCUUGAUGUCCAACUCAAAGGGAAGAAAAUAAAGUGGGGAAAGGCUGCCAUAGAUAUUUCCAAGCCAAGUCUCAUCUUCAUGCUUUCGAUGGCUUCGGUGAAACUGUGUUGAGCAAACUUAACUUCUAGUGAGAGGCACUGAGGUGCAUUGGUGUGCCACUGUCUCUGAAGUCCACAGGGUAUGGUUCAAAAAAAGAUGAUUUUUUUUAAAUGAAUGAAUGGGAUCUUCGAUCAUACUAUCAUGGGUGCUUCUAUAGCUUUUUAGACUAUACCAAGUGGACAGCUCUGCUGGUGUGGCCAGAACCCAGCAAGGAGUCAACCAUGCCAAGGAAGUGGAAUAUUGUCUGUGUUUCUAAUCAAGCUGAAUGGUUCCUUUUUGAGUGCAAAAUUAGGAUGGCUUGCCCACCCCCUCAAAAAAAAAAAAAAAAAACCAUUCUUUUGUCAUGCCUGUAUUUAGGAUGGUUUCUUUUCUAUCUUUUUUCCAUCUAGGAUUCAGUUUAAUUCACAUGUUUGGAGGGUUGGUUUAAAUUUCUUCUCAAGUAGAGGAAUUAUAUUGUCUCACUAGACAGACUUAAACUCAUCUCAGCAAUCUGAUGCUUCGAGAUAAACAUUUUCUCUAAAAAAAAAAAACCAAUAUCUCUACUGUUGAAGGAACGAUUCUGUAAUCAUAACUGGAGGCAAUUGCUCGGUACUGAGAUUCACAGGGCCUAUUGUUCCCUCCCUCCCCUCCUUCCCACAACUUCCUGAAAACACCCCAGGAACAGGAAUGACCGCAAGGUAUGGUAGAUAUAAAUCCAAGAUGGCAGCCACAAUUGAAGUACCAUUGAAGCUCACCAGGUUCUUAUGUGUGUCCAUGUAAAGGGGGGGGGGCGGAGCUUCGGGUGCACGAUUGCUUCUGCUCACCCAAAAGGGGUGGGGCUUUGAUUGCAUCAUCGUGGCUCCCAUGCUGGCUUUUUGACCAUACCCUGUGUGGACAUUCCUACUUGACGAAUAGAACAGGCUUCUCAACCACUCAACCUGUACACGCAACCAAGGCAGCACUCCCAUAACAAGGAAUGAAAAAAGAUCCUCUAUUUCUUUUUCUUACCAGCACAAAAGAACUCAUGAAACCAAAAGAUUCGUUUUUCAUGGCAAAUAAUGUCUAGAUGUUGAAAAAAACCCUCAAACUCAAAAAAAAAAAAAUCAAUCUUCUGUAUUCUAUGACCCUGUAAUAUCUUCUAUAUAAGGUCAAGAGCAGCCACACUACUGUUUCUGCAGCUCAGGUUGAUGAUAAAUAAUACCCUGAGCUAUAAAUUGAGUAACAUUUUGGCUUAGUUUUAUUGGGCAAGCUUAACCAUCUAUGGUUUAUUCAAUAAAACAAAUUUAAACAAAUCAAAUGCAAACGCAGCCUUUGCAUCCCAUAGAUCGCUGCGUGACAAUCUGAUUAGAUUGUGUGGCUGACUCUUUUUGGGCAAAGUUACCAUCAAGAUUGGUAGUUACCAUGUUUCAAGAUCACAGGAGAAUGACAUAAAUGUAAAGGUUGGGGGCGGGCAAAAUAUUUAAGCCUAUUUUUUUCAGGAAGUUGGGAGGUUCUGAGGCCGCUGCUGAAAGAAAAUAUAGCCGGUAUAUAGCAGUCUCCCAAAAGCUGGCAAUACCUAUUUUGAGAUGUUAUGGCUAUGUUCACCCAAAAGAUUUAACCUGAUUAAAUGCAGUCAGUGGCUGCCGAUGCACAACACGCUAAGCUUGACUAGUGUUAACCUUGGUUAGUAUUUUUGUGGCUUAGUCUGUUGCGUAAACCCAGGCCAUUUGGUUAGUUUAUGGUUCAAUGUGUUGUACAAACCGGAAAAUGGAUUCAUCCAAACUCUAGGUUACAGGUGUUCUGUGAACAUGGCCUGUUUUUGUAAAGAAACCCGAGGCUUCCAAAACCCAUUGUUUUUUUGCCACCGAAUGUUGGCGUUGGUGACUUUGCAAGAUUCAGCUGUUUGCACAAAUGAGACACGUGGUUCAUGUGUUGCCCAUAUUAGACCUCUGGACAAAGUGCAACCAUAGCAGACCAGCGGUGGCCACCUCCACCUGGCCUCAUAGCUUGCAUCAGCUUCAUAACUCCACGGGGCAGGAGAAAAAUAAGAAGCACGAAAUGCAAGGCUGCUUCAGGGAACAUAAAGCAACGGGAGGGUCUGUGAAAUCCCAGACCCCCCCAUUGGAGGGGGGCGUCCCGAUGUUUUGCAAAGAAGGUUGGCCCAAACCAAGUCUCCCCCCCCCAGUAAAAUUAAAAGAAAAAGUGUGUCUUUCUCCUCCUCGUAUUUAUAACUGUACAGAUGCCGGGGCGGGGGUGGGCUUAGGGGGUUUUCAACAGGCUGUUAUCUCUCACCACCCAUAUAUUGUACGCAAUGUAACCUUGAUCGUGCUAUUCUAGUUUUUGUGUAUGUGGCAAUGUAAAGAACUGUGUAUAGUGCAUUGUACAGCAUAUUUUCAUGAAUAAAAUUUGUUUUAAAUAUGA